AAACCAUAUUAAUAAGAACUGCACCGACGGUGUUUGUUUUAUGACCGAUAUUGAUAAAUUCCAACUUGUGUAUUUUGAAGGAUCAAGGCCUGCUGAGAAGAAGCCGGAAAGAGAAAUUACUGAUGCUAAAAAAAUUCCCUACAAUUUGAAAAAUCUAUAUUCAAACAUCAUAAAGGAAGUUAUAAAAAACUGUAGGCGUUUGCCAAAGAAGUUGUUCAUGUUUGGUGGACAAAGAAAAUUUCGAUUAAAUGAAAUCGACAAUGCUAAUUUGCCACGGGAAUUUUUAGAGAUGCAAAAUUUUAUAUACUUUUAUGAAUAUACAGUUAAUGGGUG